AUGUCUGCCUCCAAGCUUUUCGUCUCCGCCUUGAUGGCCUCUGGCCUCGCCAUGGUCGCGGCUGACAGCACCUGCUCCGGUGGUGCUAAGAUCUCCGCCCAAUCCGACGCCGAUGAGAUUAACAGCUGCUCGACCUACAGCGGAGAUAUCACUAUCAGCAGCAACGCUCAGACUCCCUUGACCUUCAAUGGAAUCGAGAAGGUUACUGGUGACUUCAGCUCCAACGGUGCCGUCAACCUCAGCUCAAUCUCUGCUCCCACCAUCAGCGAGAUUGGCGGCGCGUUCAAGUUGACCAGCGUCAACGCUCUGACCUCGCUCUCCUUCCCCGAGCUGAUCUCUGUCGGUUCUAUCCACUUCGAGGCUCUCGCCAACAUCCAGGGUUUGGGCUUUACCAAGGGCGUUACCACCGCCGGCUCUGUCUACAUCGUCAACACCGGUUUGACCUCCCUGCAGGGAAUUGAGCUCAACUCCGUUGGUCAGCUUGAGUUGACUGCCAACGACUACUUGACUGAGAUCAACGUCAACAACAUGAAGAACAUCUCUGGUUCUCUGACCAUCUCGAACAACAACAACAAGUUGACCGUCGACUUCCCCAACCUGGUGACUGCCAAGGAUGUGACCAUCCGCAACACCAGCUCCAUCGCGGUUCCCUCGCUCGCCAACCUGACUGGUUCGCUCGGUCUUUUCGGAAACUUCAUCUCCAACUUCUCUGCCCCUAACCUGACUUCUUGCUCCGAUCUCGACAUCGACAGCAACGGACACCUGGCGAAGCUCUCUUUGCCCCAGCUGACCACCUUGUCUGGUGGUCUUGCCAUCUCCAACAACGGCAAGCUCGUCAGCAUUGACCUGCCCAAGCUGUCUCACGUCGAUGGUGCCAUUGACCUGACUGGCUCUUUCGAGAAUGUCUCUUUCCCUGCUCUCAAGUACGUCCACGGUGGUUUCAACGCCCAGUCUACUGCUGAGUUCUCCUGCGAUGACAUGGAGGCUGAGAAGGAAGCCAUCCACGGUUCCUUCAACUGCACUUCGACUUCCAACCCCACCACCAUCGACGGAAGCUCCGGCAGCAACGACACUGGUUCUUCCACCAGCAGCUCGUCUUCUACGUCCGCUACCUCCAGCGGUGCUGCCGUUGCUGGCUUUGUCGCUCCCACGAUGGGCCUCACUGCCGUUCUCGGUGGUCUCCUUUCCCUGCUGAUGUAA